GUUGUGUAGGCUGUGGUUUGCAGUGAAAUUAACCUCACUUUAGUCUAACGGCGUUUGUUGACCGUCAUAGACUGAUUUACCGUAAAUUGUCAUUAGAGCAUAUAAUUUCAACCAUGUCUGCCGAUUUUUAUAUACGUUACUACGUGGGACACAAGGGUAAAUUCGGUCACGAAUUCUUGGAGUUCGAGUUUCGUCCCGAUGGCAAAUUAAGGUACGCCAACAACUCUAACUAUAAAAACGACACAAUGAUCCGUAAAGAGGUCUACGUGCAUCAAGUUGUUAUGGAAGAGCUGAAACGGAUUAUCGUCGACUCUGAGAUAAUGCAAGAGGAUGAUUCUUUGUGGCCACCACCAGACAGGAUAGGCAGACAGGAAUUGGAAAUCGUAAUUAACGACGAACACAUCUCUUUUACCACAUCUAAAACCGGAUCAUUAGUGGAUGUUAGUCAGUCCAAGGAUCCUGAAGGACUUCGAUGCUUUUAUUAUUUGGUUCAGGACUUGAAGUGUCUUGUGUUUUCACUCAUUGGUCUUCAUUUUAAGAUCAAGCCAAUAUAAAUUGUAUUGUCAAUGUUUUUGUAAUAAAAUUUUUGGAAUAUAAUUUAUUUUCUUA